UCCAUUUGAUGGCAGCGUUCCCAACCCAAACAGUGUAACGUUGAAGCUUCAGAUCAAGCAGCGGCCGCACCAGUAGCAGCACCAGCAACACCAGCAGGACCAGCAGCACUCUAGGUAACAGGUUCACGAUGGCUGAAUAUCCAGAACAAGCAGCAGCCCUAGCAGCAGCAGAAGAAGCACUAGAAGCAGCACUAGCAUUAAUAGCAAGAACAACCGAAGAAGUAGAAUUAAUUGCAGAAGCAACCGCAGCAUUAAUAAAUAAGAAAAAAAAAGCAGCAGAAAACGCACCGUAUCCUGACGAAUACACGGCCAUGGUGACAUGGCCGUCAAACAACAUGGGUGGCUUCGACAAGGAGGCUUUCAUCACGCCUCCGGCCCCAGAAUUAACGUGCCCAGUAUGCAGGGGGGUGUUACGCCACCCCAUGCGUGUGGUAAGGUGUGGCCAUCAUUUCUGCCACAGCUGCAUCACCGAAGUCCUCAGGCGCAAGGAGCAGUGCCCAAUGGACAGAGGAUCGCUUUCUUGGAAUGUGCUAGGAGACUCAAAUAUGCAGUUGGAGGUAGAUGGAAGCGUGAAGGGCCGUAUUGGAGAGUUAUUAAUUAUGUGUGAGAGAAAGGUGGACGGCUGCACGUGGACAGGCCCGUUAUCCUCGUACAAUGCACACGUCACUCGGGACCAUAGUUAAAUGUACAUGUACAGUCAUGCAUGCAUAAUACAUUCACCCCACCGUGUUUUUCAACAUGUGUCCGUGUUUUUCAACAUGUGUCCAGGGGACCCUGGACCUAAGUUUGGUCUCAAUAAAAAGUUUCAAACUGUCAA